UUGUCCCUUGGCGGGUGCCGUGGUGCAGCGCAGCGCGUUGCUGUGGAGACGAGCUGGGCCUUUGGUGUGGGCUGUCGUGCGCGCUGAGUGGACGCUGCUUUUCGGCUAACUGCUGUGGCCCCCGCGUGAUCGCGGGGUGGGUAACCGGACCCUCGUCCGAGGCUCCGGGCGCGGUGGCUUCCUGAACGAACUUGCACUCCUGCCCGCGGGAGAGAGUGUUCCAUGGACACAGCCUAAGAGAAAAAUGCAGCUUUUAUGCCUCACUGGCCGCUGACCUAACGGCCUGAUGACAGCACCCCCAGGCACCUUCCCGGUUCAGUUCCGGCAGCCCUCGGUCAGCGGCCUCUCGCAGAUCACCAGCAGCCUGUAUAUCAGUAGUGGGGUGGCCGCCAACAACAAGCUCGUGCUCUCCAGCAACCAGAUCACCACAGUCAUCAACGUCUCGGUGGAGGUGGUGAACACACUCUACGAGGACAUCCAGUAUGUGCAGGUGCCUGUGGCAGACACACCCGUCUCGCGUCUCUGUGACUUCUUUGACUCCAUUGCCGACCACAUUCACAGUGUGGAGAAGAAGCAGGGCCGCACACUGCUUCACUGCGCGGCCGGCGUGAGCCGUUCGGCCGCCCUCUGCCUCGCCUACCUCAUGAAGUACCACGCCAUGUCCCUGCUGGACGCCCACAAGUGGACCAAGUCAUGCCGGCCCAUCAUCCGGCCCAACAACGGCUUUUGGGAGCAGCUCAUCCACUAUGAGUUCCAGCUGUUUGGCAAGAACACCGUGCGCAUGGUCAGCUCCCCUCUGGGAAUGAUCCCUGACAUCUACGAGAAGGAGGUCCGUUUGAUGAUUCCACUGUGAGCCACGCCGCCAGCCUCUGCACCGGGGUCAGAGGUGCAGAUCUGCCG